AAGUGCAGGCUGUUUUAAGCUAGCUGCUUCAAAAUCAGAAAGGAAAGUCAUUUUCAUUUGGAAUACGUUCUAACUAUCUAUGAAGAAGCCUAUUUUGAUCAGGAGUUGCAGGAGUUCUCACAUAUUUUGCAAGGCACACCACACUGUCUGAAGAAAUGGAAUGAUGCAUCGUAGUAAUAUGAUUACGUGACUCAUUACUGGACAUUUCAAGCUUGGCAGUAAAAAGAUGACAACCAGAGUUCAUUACUCUAGGCGGACAGAGUGUAACUCACUGUGGCAGCAAGAAUACAGAGCUCAAUUCAAAAAGGCUGAAGAAAAUGUGACCCAUCACAUUUUUUACCGUUUUCAUCAUCAUCUGAACCCCUUGGUGAGAUUUCAGCAGUGUGUAGCUCCCAACCAUUCAUUAUUCUAUAUAUAAAAACAUCUGAGUUCCUCAACUGGGUCACCGCCUUUAAGAACUCCCAAAUAUUCAUUACUGUGCAUUGGAUGCAGGAGUUAAGUUUAACUAAUGAAGACUGCAAUACAGCAGCAGCCAAAAUUGUAGUGUGUCUUGAUUCUUGAAGGUUUUUUCAGACUGUGCCAGAGUGCUUUGUGAAAUUUAAGAAACCGCACCACUUUCUCUGUUCCUUUGGGUUACCGGAGAAAGACAAGAUGAGACUGAACAAAAAGAGAGUGCUUUUAUGUGUCAGCCUCCUUGGAUCUGUGUACAUCCUGCUUUGUACAAUAAAAACCUUGGAUGUUCACUCAGCAGCGACAGCCAGCAAGUCCCGUGUGCAGGAAACUGAGCAGGUUUAUACAAGAACAAGAGCGAUCAAGGGCAAGUCUGUCCAUCCCAGUGAUUUGCAACAGCAGAGAAAAUUCAAAUUGAGGGAUCUUUUUCUUCUGGAUUCUGUUCAGAUUAUAGAGUCAAACCUUCAUCAAAAGGCUUCCAAACCCAGGCCAUUCAGAAAGUCAAAAAGCAAAGACAGCACAAAGUGGCUGGGAGACGACAAUGAGAUAGUGGGUGCUCCACGGGACGAAGAAGAGAUGGAUGUUACUCAGAAGUCAGCCAAAAAGAAUAAUGUGGCUUCCUCAAAGAAACAAGAGGCGAAGAAAUUGAAAGAAGCAAAGAAACCAGCCAGAACAAACUUGGAAUGCCUUCGACGUGGCAGGUUGCACUCAGAGGAUUUCCUUGGGGGACCAGCCUUGGAAAAGCCCAUUACUUGGUUCAGUCAAAGGGACAAGAGGCUGGUACAUCUCCUGGCCAGGGGAUUUGUUCAGAAAGUUGACCAUUUCACCAGAGGGGAGGAGAUGGCCCGUGUCGUCCUGAGCAUUAACAGUUCCCGUCCUCUGGAGGGCAGCAGAGACCGCUGUAGAGAAGGAGUUUGUGGGAUUGUGAAGGAGAUGAGUGACCUGAGGGAAGUAGCUGCUUUCCACCUGGACAGGAUUCUGGGUCUCGGCAUCAGUCAGCCAGUGGUGACACGGCGCCUGCAGUGCCCCCUGCUGCCAGUGAAAUAUACCAACGGGUCUGCCAAGCCAGUCGUGUGGUGGGACCCAGAGAUCUCUCUCCCCCCAGGCAUGAGCCUGCACCUGGACAUGUACCUUUUCCACGUGGCGCAGUUCCCAUCUGUAUUUCGACAGUGCGGUGCACUGCAAGACGAAAUAUGUUUCCGAGACAACAGCCCAGAGCUCGAGAAGCUGAAAUUAUUGGAUUAUUUCUUCCAGGAUGUGGAGGUGAUUUUGAACAGCUUUGGCAAGGGCAGGGACAGACGUGCAGUUAAUUUAAAUGACUUAGAGUGGUUAUCUCCGAACAUCCUGAAGACAAUUGCCUCACAGUGUUUGCCUGAGAUGCUCUUGCGUUCGUUACAUAAAGACCAAGAAUACUGGCAAAGUAAGGGACUGAGCUCCCUAAUGAAACUGGUGGACAAAGUUGACAAAAGAGCUCAGGCUUUAUUAAAGUAUGUCCAAGAACACAAGGCAAGGCCUAAAAAGACACAGAUGUGAAAUUCACCUCAAAGAUACGUGCCUGAAACAUUGGUUAAACAAUGGAUGCUGUGAAACAAAUUGCAUUAAAUUAGCAAUCUCACUGGUAGACAGUGUUCAUUUUAUCGUCACGGGAAAGACCCAGCAAGAGCCAUCGGCAUGAAAACGUUUCAGUCAGUUCUCAGCAACGCGUUGAAUAAAGCGUUCCUGGGAGAGAUACUGGCUUACAGGCAUGGAGUUGGAGCGUGAAGCUUAGAGGUUGUUUUCGUCAUUAUUCCGGAGAGCCAGACAUGGCUGAGCUACCAUUCAACGCAAUAAUUCCCUUGAGUGGAUGAAUUGGAAGUUGUCGGCACGAGGGAGACAAUGUAAUGAGAAGAUUUUCUCCAAUGGAAUAACGUGCUCAUUUGUAUGGACCAGGGGAACAUGCAGGUCCCCUGAUGUCACUGGGCUGGCUACCAGCAGCAGAAAAAACUACCUUGUAUCUACAAAACUCUGUCAAAGCGGAAAAUAUUGUUGACUGAUAACAGUUGUUAUCUCUUGUU